AUGCCAAGAGCGUCAAUUGCCUAUAGCUUUGAGCACAGUCUCACCGGGGAUGCGAGGGCCUUCAUUCACGGAGUGGUGAAGAUUCUAGAAGGCACCCGUGGGAUUCGAUUGGAGGAAUGCAGCAUUGAAGACAGGAAUCCAAGCCAGACCCUCCUGUACCUGACCCAAGAAUCUCAUAUCAGCCCUCCAGGCCCCGAUUGCUCAAUAGUGACCAAUAUCGACGCUUUUAUCACCCAUCUCAGCAAUGAGCUCGACGCCGGUGGCAGUCCUGCAGACGCAUCUACGCUACGAUAUGUACUCGACCUGUGUCACACGGAGAUAGAGCGCGGUGGUUUGGGAUUCUCAGAGGCACGAUGCAUCGACUGGUCGCUCAGUCAGAUGAAACUUCAGGACCUGCAGGAUCUCCUUGAGGCAUGGCUGGAGUCUCUAAACUCCGCCGAAUCAGGCAGAUGUCUGCCCGCACCGCUGUCCGUUAAGGCCUCUGCCACGAGGCCCAUGACGUUAGCAGAGAAGAUUCUUGCGCAUCAUGCAUUUUCGCUGCCAUCUGCACAUGGUCUUAAAAGUGGUGACUUUGUUCGAACCUCGGUCGACUGGAUUGUUGCCAGUGAGCUAUCUUGGGUGGUAGGUCAUUUUAUCAUCCCCCUCUCAGUUGAUGAAGCCUUCCAGAGUGAAGCGCAUCUUGGAAAAUAUGCGGGCAUGAAGCACAGUAUGACCAGCAUAGGUGAGGAGCCUACGGUCUGGAGAAAUGACCGGUUUUGGCUGGCGGGAGAUCACACGGUUGAUCCCCGUACGUAUCACCAACCGCGGGUCCGGGAACUUAUUGAUGGCAUGAAAGAUGCAAAGACGAAAUUCAAGAUGACGGAAAACCAAGGUUCAAAUUAUACCAUCCUCCACACCGAAUUUGUGCGGGAGCGAGCCGAACCGGGCAUGCUCGUUCUUGGCUCGGAUUCCCACACCUGUUCGGCAGGUGCCGUCAGUUCGCUCGCUAUUGGACUCGGGGCAGCCGAUGUGAUGGCCGCUCUGGCCACUGGUGAGACAUGGAUCAAAACCCCCGAGUCAAUUCGGGUGGAGUUCAGCGGCGAGCCUGCCUGGUACAUCCGGGGCAAAGAUGUGAUCCUCUACAUCCUGAAAAUGCUGAAGCGCAAUACACAUGCUGCUGAUCGAAUUGUAGAGUUCGGGGGACCAGGCACGCGCUACCUCUCCUGCGAUGCCCGGUUCGCAAUAUGUAAUAUGUGCACGGAAUUGGGUGCCAUUACGGGUAUUUUCGUCCCAGACCAGAUCACUAGCCAAUUCAUCUCGGAUCGCCCUCAAAGCCGCUACAAGUCACAAUCUCUGUACUUUCAGCCGGACGCAGAUGCCUCGUACGCCGCUACCUUUCAGAUCAAUCUCGAUGAGGUUAAGUCCUUCAUUGCGCUCUAUCCCUCCCCGGACAACGUAGUGGAGGUGACUGAGAAACUGGACAUGGUUUUCGAGGGUUGCUUCAUUGGUGCUUGUACCACCACGGAAGAAGAUCUGAUCUUAGGCGCCUUAGUCCUGGAGGCAGGUCUUCAGAGGGGGCUGCCGCUGGCUGCCGGGAAGCGGAUAGUUGUCCCUGGAAGCUUACCAAUCGUCAAAAAUUUGCGCGACUUGGGUCUGUUGGAUAUCUACUCCCAAGCCGGGUUUCAACAACCAGCUGUGAGCUGCAGCAUGUGCCUGGGGAUGGGAGCCGACCGUGCAGGGGCUGGCGAGAAUUGGCUUUCGUCACAGAAUCGCAACUUCAAGAACCGAAUGGGUCCAGGUUAG